UUUUGAUUUUUUUUUUUUUUUUUUCUUGAUAGCUAUAAACAUAACUGACAAUAACAGAAUGUGGCAUAAAAAACUGUUUUAUGUGUGUAUUAUUGCAGUACAAAGCCUCAGUGGUUAAUAGUGGGCAGGGCAGGCUUUGCUAACUGAUUCCUUAUUUGGAAUAAUGCUUGGAGAUGUUUGGUUCUGGAGUGGAGCGGGGAGGACAGCGUGCGUUCAGUUCACACCUGCAACAUCACAGCGCCGCCAACCGUAGCUGAGCACUGACACAGCUCACAAACCACCGCCAGCUAUCUUAAACACAUAACCAGCCCCUUCUCACAGACCACAGGCAUCGUUUAGCAACAUCGACGUGAACACAGCUGUUUGUUAUUACUGCAACGUUCCAUGAAAUCUCCGAAUUUUCCCAGAACGGGGAAUUUUUAAAACAAGGAUUUUUAUAUUCUUUAUUAUAAAGGGAAAUUUGUUUUUCCCCCGUGAUCUGAAAAAAAAAAAAAAAAAAAAAAAAAAACCUGUGAGGAACUGGCACUGCGGCUGUCCUGACCUGGAAAGAAGCAACGCAAAGCUUUACUACCCCUAGUGGAGAAUACUGCCAGCCUUCUGCUCACAGCAAACACAGGAGAGCUAUCUUUCAUCAUUCAUCUUACAUCUUUCACUGCACAGACAGGCACCACCAUUUUCAUUUUCACCACUCAACCCUGUUUGAAUGCAUAAUAGAGUCAGCCCUCACAGCCAGGGUCCCAGGGCUUUGAAGCAGUGAGACAGCUGCCCCAGGGCUUUGAAGCAGUGAGACAGCUACCCCUCUCUUGAGAGAUUUGCUCUUCUGCCACUUGGUAUCAUGGGCACUGUACUAUCGCUCUCCCCCAGCUACAGGAAAGCCGGGCUGUUUGAAGAUGGACCAGCCACUGUGGGCCACUACACAGCUGUGCAGAACAGCAAGAACGCGAAAGACAAGAACCUAAAGAGGAGCUCAAUCAUCUCUGUUCUUCCCUGGAAGCGAAUUGUUGCCGUCUCAGCAAAGAAAAAGAGUUCCAAGAAGGUGCAGCCCAACAGCGCCUACCAGAAUAACGUCACCCAUCUCAACAAUGAAAACUUGAAGAAGUCUCUCUCCUGUGCCAAUUUAUCCACUUUUGCCCAGGAUCCUGCCCAGAUCCCAGGAUCCAAGACAUCAACCAAUGUUGUAUCUUCAGUCAAAAAGGCACCCGUUUCCAACUCUAACACUGCCGCAGGGACCCCUAAAAGGGUCAUCGUUCAAGCUUCCACCAGCGAGCUCUUGAGAUGCCUUGGUGAGUUCCUCUGCAGGCGGUGCUACCGGCUGAAGCACCUGUCCCCUACAGAUCCAGUGCUGUGGCUACGUAGUGUGGAUCGAUCCCUGCUUCUCCAGGGCUGGCAGGACCAGGGCUUCAUCACGCCUGCCAAUGUGGUCUUUGUCUACAUGCUCUGUCGAGAUGUUGUCUCCUCCGAAGUGGCCACCGAGCAUGAACUGCAGGCCGUGCUGCUCACCUGUCUCUAUCUCUCCUACUCCUACAUGGGCAAUGAGAUCUCCUACCCGCUCAAACCCUUCCUGGUAGAGAGCUCUAAAGAGACCUUCUGGGACCGUUGCCUGUCCAUCAUAAACCUGAUGAGCACCAAGAUGCUGCAGAUCAACUCCGAUGCCCACUACUUUACCCAGGUCUUUGCCGACCUCAAGAAUGAAAGCCAGAAAGAGGAAGAACGAAGCCGACUGCUCAUUGGCCUGGACCGGUGAACCAGCGAGAAACUGAGUUUGAGGGGCUCUAAUCAACCGAGAUGAACUCAAUUCUGGUAUUUCGAUUUCCAAGUUCAGGGCCAUAUCCAUGUCAAAAUUUAGAUCCAACUGGUCUACAUUUAUGUGGUAUGCAAAUGUAUGGAGGGAUGACAUGUCUGUGUUGUAACCCAGUUGCUAAACUGCAUGUCAUAGACAUGUUUUAUAAUAAUAAUAAUAACAAUGAUGAAGUUUAGGUUUCUAUAGUUGUCCAAGUCCACGCCUCUGAGUGUUACAGUACAUAUACCAUCUGGGACCUGGACUUGAACAUUCAAACACCAAGAUUUGGAUUUGGACUUGAAUCAGGAUUGUUCCAUUCAAUUUAGUCCAUCCCCAAGUACUGUAUCUUAGACCUGGUUUUGGACUAUCUAAAUCAAUAAAAAGCUUCGAUUUGGACUUAAAUCAUGAAAAUUUUAUGAGUUGUCCAAGUUCCAUCAUAACCUGACGAUUGAAUAAGCAGGACUUGGACUUGAUGAAAUACCAAACUUCAGUCCUUCUCUGUUCACUACAAACAGAAAAAAAAACUAAAAACAAAUUACUUUAUUGCUGCCGACUUGGCAACUUAAUGGAAGUGUCUGAGGUGAGGAGGACAGAAGCCCCCAAACCCAGUCUGCACCGCGUUUAUUUAUUUCAAAGUGUGUCGGCUAUGAUGUAUGUGACAGCCUCUUGAUGUAAGCUAUGAGAGGACAGCAAUGUAGAGUUUAGUGACACAACAACAACGCUUGUGUAUUUUCACCUUCAAUAGAGCGUUUUGACCAAUCUUGAGAGAGACAGUAGUCCUUUCUUUUUGUGAGAGCCAUCUUGUACACAUGCAGUUGCUCAUUAUAGGUGUACUUCUGCUUAAAAGGGAAAGGAAUUCACUUUGUGAGUUGGGGUGUGGGGAGAGGGAGGUUAUUGAAAAGCAGUAAUGGCUAUUGAGCAAUGGUCUUUGACACAUAAGCAUGUUUUAAAGCUGACCUACUUUAUUAUUGAAAAAAAGAAUGGAUGUAGUUUCCCUAAUGCCUACUUCAUGCCCUUAGGCAAUUUUUUGUUUAGUAUUUAAUGUAUUUAACAACUCUGAAGGAUGGAAGACUGACAGAUAGGUUUUCCAAAGAACAGUAGCAAGCUUAUAAGGUAGUCCAAUCCUUAAACCAACCAAUGGUUGUUGUCUGCUAACAAAGGUACCAAUUUAGUUCCUGAUGGGAUGUUUAUUGUGUGGUGCAGAUACCUGUCCAAAAAGAAUGGGGCUGGUAGAAGAUAUUUUGGCCUCAGGACCAUCCAGUUUAAAUGAACCAAUUAAAGUGCAACCCAGAUACCUUUAACCCCCAAGGAUAGGAACAAUAUCUUGUAAAAACCAAGUACGUCAGACAAAAAUAAUGAAUAAUUCUUUAGCCAAUAGUGUAAUGGUUGUGUGUCAAAGGCUUUAGUAUGAUGUAACAGCAAUAUGGUUUCCAACAUUUUAGACUGUAUUGUGUUAAAUUAAACCCUUUUCCUUUUUCAGCCCCUACAGUAAACGACAGAUGACAGACAAAGUCCCAUUUAAGACAAUAACAGGCCAAUGAUUUCAAACGCUCAUUGUCCUUCCACAGCUGUAAUCGUCUGCUGUUGUUGAAGUAGAGGAAACCUUUUUUUUGUCUUUUUGAUGAAAUUCUGAAAGGUACGCAAAGUUUGUUAUGAUUGUUUCCAGAGCCAAACUGGUCUGAUGUUAUCUUGUACUGCUGCCAAAUUUCUAAGUUGUUACUCAAAGGGCUGAUUGAAUUGCACCAGGACGGGUCUAACGCUGGCUCCUCGUUUCUUUCCUGAUGGCAAAAAAGGUGUGAUGAACAGGGGAUCACGCUGCUGAUGCUGCUAAAUAAAAAAAAAAAGAACAAAAAUUAAUUAAUAAAAAAAAAAAAAAAAAGCCACAAGGACAUUUCACAAUUUAGGAAGCGAUUUUUGUAAAAGGGAACUGAAUUUUUAAAUAAUUUUUUGCCCGCUUUAUCACUUAACAGUUGUGCAUGCAUUCUUUAAACUAUUUGUCAGACACUAUUGCUUUUUAAACCCCCAGAAAUAAAACAGUUAUAAUUGAAAAAAUAUAUAAAUAUGCACAUGCAAAUAGAUGUUCUGUAAUAUAAUUUUAUUUAAGGGUAUCAUCUUUGGACUUUUGAUUAAUUUUGUAUUUGUUAAUUUAUUGAAAAACACCUUGGUAUUGUACACUGGUAUGCACUGUGUGCUAUAUAGGUGACCCAAGCCUUGUCAUUUUUAUGAGAGGAGCUGUUUUCUUUCUUAGAAGCUCUCUCCCAUGCACUAGAACAAACAUUGCAUCUGUAUUUUUAUUAACAGAAGGCAAUUAGCAGCAAAACAAAGUCAAAGCAAUGACAGAUUUCUGCUAUACA